ACCCUCAAACCAUACCACCUAGCUAAUUAAAAAAGGUAAACAAAAGCAUUCCACCGUGAUGGCAGCAAACAGUGAUAAAAACAGGAGGUUGCAUUGGACAAACCAGAAGCACUUGCAUUUCUUGAACUCAAUGGAAGCUUCUUUUGUUCAAUCCAUGCUCCAAAAUAACUCCCGCUUUCCCCCUCUCCACCGUUAUUUACCAGACUCCUCUGAUUCUACCCUGGAUUUGGACAAGUUUAAAUCAUCUUCCUCCACUUUUCAUACAGAUAAUGUGGAGUCCAGUGUGAGAAGGACAGAGACAAAGACAAAGACAAAGACGAUAAUUUUAUCAUGCCAAAAAUCUUCUCAGGAUCAGGUGGUCCCAGAAUUUCAGAAACAAGGGAGAUGAGAAAAGAUAAUCUUGAUGUCGCACAACCCAUCAAGAAAAUAAUUUUAUCACUUCAACUAGUUUUUUUUGUUUAAUUUUAUUUUACUUUGGAGAAUUGACUAUCUAAUUAGUGUGUUAAAUUUUAAUUGAACCUCUAUGUAAUUUGUUCUUUUGUUAUUUGGGUAAGUAAAAUAGCUUCGCCGCCUAA